GUUGACUAUCACAAAUAGCAGCUCACGACUGUGUCGUAUGUUUGUUGCUCUGGUUCAUCAUCAUGGAAUUUGCAACGCUAUGUGGGUUCAUUGAAGCAUUUCAAUAACUUAACUUUGUAUUUAUAUCGAGAUCUUAUUUGUAAGAGGGCGUGUAUGAGUACCAACUUUUCACUAAUGAUUAAUUUUUUCGGUGAUCUAGUCCCAGAAAUUUAGUUAGUUGAAACCAUUUUUAGGUAUUUGACUACUUUUUGUCCUUGUUUGAUAGUACGUCUUAAAUUUGACCAUUUACCUGAAAUCAUAUUCAAUAAUUGCUAUUUUAUCAUUUAACGAUUUCUAUAAAUUAGUUUUGCCAUUCUAAGGAAGAGUCUAGACAUCCUGAAGAGAUAAUUUGGAGAAAUUGAAAGCAGCAGAUAGACGUCAUAUCAGCCAUGGCUGACAUAUUCUUAACCCCGGUUUAUGAGGCCCCUCCCGCCCCCGACUUACAGUUACAGACCCCUAAGUUUCCUGACUUUAAUACCCCUGAAAUGGCACGCAAUGCGAUAAUAAACCCUUUUGUGGACCCAGUUUCUUCUCCGUUCCCGAUCCUAUACGAUGUGAUCAUAAACCCCUAUGAAGAGUCGACAAGUCAAAAGCCAUUCGGAUUUGGCGUUUUCCGCAAUGGAAGUAACCAAACUGAAGAUUCCGGGUUCAAAUAUAAUAAGUUCUACCUGACCAGAGUUGUCAUGAUUCCUUCUAUUAUUUUGAUGAUAGUCUUCUCUCUGCUGCUUGUUUACAUCAUAAUGAGACACCUGCGAUCUAUCAUGAAACUUUACAUGUCAGUUAUAUUCUAUGCCCUCUCCAUCCUGUAUUUUGCUAUCCAGAUCAUCAUCUUACUCCUAUAUGAUAAGAUAAACCCAGGAAAGAUUCCUGAUUGUGACAGUGCUCCAGAUCAAAUGUUCAUUUCAUUUCAACUCACAGGUAUCAUCAUGCCUGCGAUGGCAGUUCUAACUGUGACAGUGGUCCGCGUGGUCUUCCUGAAGUCCCCAUUUCGCUGGAGAGAAAUCCUGACCUACAGGAACCAAUUAAUAGGGUUCAGUUUGGCAGUCCUGGUGACAUUCAUACUUGGUUUCCUUCCCUUACUUCAGCUAUGUGAAUUGGAAAUGGUCAACAACCAGUGUGUUCUGGUUAAAUCCUGGACUGUCAGAUGUGUUGCAUGUUUUAUCCUUUCCUGUGGUGUCGGCUUGGUCGCUCCUAAACUUGCAGUCGCAGUCAUGUAUUGCAUUAUCUACGGAAUCGUUAAAGAGGCAAGGGAAGUCAACAGAGCUCUUUCCACAAAAUCAACAUCACUCUCAAAAAAGUCAGAGACAGAACCUCUGACUUCUUCAUCGGAAUUGGAACCCAAAGCAGCUGCAAAGGACAGGAAGGUUAAAACGGAACGAGAGUCCUUCCCUUGGUCUAUUGUGGUGAUUUUACUUCUCAACAUCGCAUCUGCGAUCCCUUGGGUUAUCCUCAUUAGCGCACCAGAGCUUAUCUACAAGAAAAGAGACUCCAGAACCUUCUUCUUGCUUGAUGUCCUCUACUCCGUAUUACUGAUUGCAACCACUGCUAGCCCGAUAGCCUACUUACUGACGACUAAAGUUGUGAGGGAUACAACUUUCGGUACUCUGAAAGGUUGCUUCAGAGCGAUGUUCUGCUGUGAAUGACUUGAUGCUCUAAAAACCUGAGUUAUGGUGAUCUAUAAUUGCAGUGUAAGCGAAUAUUACACGAUAGUUGAGUGUUGCCAUACUAUCAAUUAAUGUUAACUUAUGUUAAUACUUAUUUUAUUUUAUGAGUAUUUCUUGACUCCCGAAUCGGGUUUAGCAAUACUGUAGAAAAGAGGAUAUAUUUUCGCACUUUUUUACGUCCAGCAAUAUUUCCCGUUUGGCAUGCUUUUAUUUUGACAAGAAUAGGUUUCUUAGAAUAACUUUUGCUCAAAAAUGUGUAUCAUUUCACCGUUCGAGAACCUAGAUUAUCUUAAUUCAUUCAAUUGUGUAUCAAUUUUGUGAUACAAACAGAUUGAUAUAUC